GUAGGAUGACGAAAAUUGAGAUCAUAAAGUGACGUAUAAAAGGCAAAUGACAGCAAGAAAAUAUUUUCAGUCGUCAAACGACCGAUAAACAGUGAAAUAUUCGGGUCGAAAGUUAUUUUUAUUUAUUUUUAGACACACCUUUUAGCCAUCGUUAAGAUAUGUAGAUAAAAAAAAGGACAUUAGUGAACUUUAGCUUUUGAAUCAAUCUGUGUUGAGAUGAGUUAGUUGGAUUAAAAGAAGAAUAAUCAAAAAUGUUUCUUCUUCAAGGAAUUUUGUGAUCAAUUUCCGGGCGAGUGUUCAUUAAUGAUUGUCAAUUGAGUUAAGGAUACAAGCAACUCACGUUAAUUGGAGAUAAAUAAGAAAAAAAAAAUCUAAAUAAAUAUUUAAAUAUUUUAUUCGUUUUCUUUGUGUACAUAAUGGAGCGAAAAAUUAAAAUCGCAUUGUUCAUUCAAGUUGCUGUAAUAUUGAUUGGUCCCGGUUUAUACAUUAUGUUGACAAACGUUUCAAUCUUUAUUGACAACAACAAUAAAGACAUCGAUUUUACAUCUCGUCGUCUACUGAAUGUUAAAGAUCAAUCUGCACGUGAUGACUCUGAGUUAAAGAUAAGAAUUGAACCAAUGAACCAGAAAUGGGAUUCCAAUAAGACUGAUGAAAUGGCAAUGAAAGGAGAUUCAACUUGUGAUAAAUUCCCACGAGAUUUGUCGAAAAUUGCGAGAGUUUUGAUCUACGCAUUAGCAUCGUGUUAUUUCUUUUGGAUGCUGGCCAUCGUUAGUGAUGAUUAUUUAAUUGGAUCGAUUGCUAUAUUGUGUCAAAAGUUUAACAUUAAGCAAGAUGUAGCUUCAGCGACAAUUAUGGCAAUGGCAACAUCAGCUCCUGAGCUUUUCAUCAGUUGUGUAGGAACAUUCAUCACAGAAGGUGACAUUGGAAUUGAAACAGUUGUCGGUUCAGCUGUUUUUAAUGUUCUAGCUGUUCCCGCAUUUUGUGGACUUGUGACACGAACAGAAACUCAACUUGAAUGGUGGCCAAUCAGUCGUGAUUGUAUUUUUUACGGGUUGUCUGUUAUAGUCUUCAUUGCUGUUAUUUACGACAACCAGAUUAUGUGGUAUGAGGCUGCGUGCUUAGUGUUAGCUUACGCCAUCUAUUUAAUAAUCAUGUAUAAAAACGAUUUGAUGGCAGAGAAGGUGAUGGUUUUAACUCAAAAGUUCAGACAUCGAUUAAUACGACAAUCAUAUCAUGAAAUAGCGGAGAUUGCACCAUUAUUCUCUCAAAAGAAAUCGACAAUUGCCAGCAUGGACGGGUUUGUGGUGAAUGUGAAAGAAUUGAGCGAACCAUUUGUGAAAGUGGAUGAAUCUGAUAAUGACUGCGAUUACGCAACAAGCCCAUGGAAGGUUCCAACAACGGAUAACACAACGAUUUAUUAUCUUAAAUGGCCAAUAACCUUCACGUUGUGGUGUACCAUUCCCGAUUCGAGAAGAUUUAAAAACUGUUAUUUGUUGACGUUCUUCUGUUCGGCGUUGUGGAUAUGUUGCAUUUCAUAUAUCAUCGUUUUCAUAACAAACGACGUCGACAAUGCCAUAGGACUGACAUUUAUGGCCGCCGGAACUUCCCUUCCAGAAGUUUUUUCAUCUAUUAUCGUCACACGUCAAGGAUAUAGUUCCAUGGGAAUUACAAAUCCUCUCGGAUCUAAUAUCUUUGAUAUUCUUUUAUGCCUUGGACUUCCGUGGCUUGUCAAAACACUUUUCAUUCCAACAAAGACAGGACAACGAUGGAUUAUGCUUAAAUCCACUGGCAUCUCAUACACAAUGAUCUCACUUCUAUCUACAUUGGGCAUGCUUUUAUUGCUUUUAGUAUUCAAUAGAUUCAAGCUUGACAGACGCGUUGGAAUUUAUUGUUUGAUUUCGUAUAUAACAUUUUUUUGUUUCGUCUCAAUCUUCGAGACAAAUUUGUUAUUUCUUAUUAAUGUACGUAGUUGCAGUUCCUAACAACUUAAUUUUCUAAACAUAAUAAAUAAAAGUGAAGCAAUAAGCAAU